CCACAUCGCCCUCGACGUCCCCAAGCUCACGACAUAAUCGCCCUCUUCAAUGGCCUCAUUAGAACUUGCCGCAACUUACGCUGCACUUAUCCUCGCCGAUGAGGGUAUUGAAAUUACCGCUGACAAAAUACUCGCCUUGACUGACGCUGCCUCGGUCGAGCUCGAGCCAAUCUGGGCAACUCUUCUUGCUAAGGCUUUGGAGGGAAAGAAUGUGAAGGAUCUGCUAUCAAACGUCGGUGCUGGUGGAGGUGCACCGGCUGUCGGUGCACCCGUUGCUGCUGCCGCUGGUGGUGCUGCUGCCGCUGAAGCACCAAAAGAAGAGGAGAAGAAGGAAGAAGCAAAAGAGGAGUCAGACGACGAUAUGGGCUUCGGGCUGUUCGACUAAUCUGCAGUUUUCCUUUAUUAUGUUAUUCAUCCACUGCAUACGUCACAUGGGUUCACUCUCUACAUCCUGCGUUGUAUCUCUCGCGCCACUUUGUGCUACGCACAGAAUUCAACAUCUGAAACCCAUCUGGAUGAUUGCUUGAGAACGAUGAGAGCUUACUGAUGAUAUAAACCUCAUCCCGCAGUUGUCCUGCAGUCCGUUAAAUUAAUUGCUGUUGGUACAAUACGUCAUUCAAGCCCAAAGUAAUACCUGUAGUUGAAAGCAAC